UCCCCUGAAACCCACCUUCCUUAAAGGUUUUUGUGCGUCUGUUUUGUGGGAUAACAUCAGAAGUGUUCGUCCCGUCGAGCCAAUCAGGUCCCUCCCUACCUCAGAUCGCAGCUAUAAUACAUAGGAGUAAAGAGGCUUCUCGCAUUAAGUGGCUGUGGCUUGAAGUAACGUUGUGAUUUCGAGGUCAGUCUUACCUUUCGCAUCCCCGCCGCAAACCUCCGAUGCGUUAUCAGUCGCACGUUUCCGCACCUGUCACGGUCGGGGCUUGGCGCUGCUGAGGGACACGCGUGAACCGAGAAGACGGCAAGGACAUCGCCGGAGAUCCGCGCCGCGACAACGAGAAACCCUGCUAGACAGACCGCUCGAGAACACCGCAGCGAGAUUCAGCGUGCGGCAAAAUGCGGCUUUUGACGAGAGUGCUGCUGGUGUCUCUUCUCACUCUGUCCUUGGUGGUGUCCGGACUGGCCUGCGGUCCUGGCAGAGGCUACGGCAGAAGAAGACAUCCGAAGAAGCUGACACCUCUCGCCUACAAGCAGUUCAUACCUAAUGUCGCGGAGAAGACCUUAGGGGCCAGCGGCAGAUACGAGGGCAAGAUAACGCGCAAUUCGGAGAGAUUUAAAGAACUUACUCCAAAUUAUAAUCCCGACAUUAUCUUUAAGGAUGAGGAGAACACUGGAGCGGACAGGCUCAUGACACAGAGAUGCAAAGACAAGCUGAACUCACUGGCUAUCUCUGUAAUGAACCACUGGCCAGGGGUUAAGCUGCGUGUGACAGAGGGCUGGGAUGAGGACGGUCACCAUUAUGAAGAAUCACUCCACUACGAGGGAAGAGCUGUUGAUAUUACCACCUCUGACCGAGACAAGAGCAAAUACGGGACACUCUCUCGCCUAGCUGUGGAGGCUGGAUUUGACUGGGUCUAUUACGAGUCCAAAGCCCAUAUUCAUUGCUCUGUCAAAGCAGAAAAUUCAGUUGCUGCGAAAUCUGGAGGCUGUUUCCCAGGUUUGGCUCUGGUCUCGCUCGAGGACGGAGGACAGAAGGCCGUGAAGGACCUGUACCCCGGAGACAAGGUACUAGCGGCGGACAGCGCUGGAAACCUGGUGUUCAGCGACUUCCUCAUGUUCACAGACCGAGACUCCACGACGCGACGUGUGUUUUACGUCAUAGAAACGCAAGAACCCGUUGAAAAGAUCACCCUCACCGCCGCUCACCUCCUUUUUGUCCUCGACAACUCAACGGAAGAUCUCCACACCAUGACCGCCGCGUAUGCCAGCAGUGUCAGAGCCGGACAAAAGGUGAUGGUUGUUGAUGAUAGCGGUCAGCUUAAAUCUGUCAUCGUGAAGCGGAUAUACACGGAGGAGCAGCGGGGCUCGUUCGCACCAGUGACUGCACAUGGGACCAUUGUGGUCGACAGAAUACUGGCGUCCUGUUACGCCGUAAUUGAGGAUCAGGGGCUCGCGCAUUUGGCCUUCGCGCCCGUCAGGCUCUAUUAUUACGUGUCAUCAGUCCUGUUCCCCCAAAACUCCAGCAGUCGGUCCAAUGCGACUUUACAACAGGAGGGGGUCCAUUGGUACUCCAAGCUUCUGUAUCAAAUGGGAACGUGGCUUUUGGACAGCAGCAUGCUUCAUCCUUUGGGGAUGUCAGUAAACUCAAGCUGAAAACCCUCGUGUGGAAAUAAAGCAAGAGAAAUCACACUAAUGUAGGAAAUAAGACAAUAUUAGUACAAGAGAGAGAGAGAGAGAGAGACUAAGGCUCCGAGAGGAGUUGGGAUAUUUAUUACAAUGACUUUUAAAAAAUGUCAUUUUCAAAGAAUAAAUGGAGCCUUAAAAGUUU